GAGGCUUUAAUUAAUAAAGGCAUUCACCAUAUGCUGAGUACUGUUCCCAGCUGCUGGGGGUGCAGCCACACAGAUUGGUGUGGUCAGCGUGGGACACUCCUGCUCUCUUCCAGACCCAGGUACUGGGCUGCUGCUGCAGGAGAUGACCAUGGCGGGGCUGCACGAGCUGCGCUUCACCGAGGAGAAGCCGCUGCUGCGGGGCCAGGACGCUGAGCUGGAGAACUCAGAUGUCUUCCUCUCCGCUGUGGACACAGACUGGAAGGAACAUGACAUUGAGACCCCCUACGGUCUUCUGCACGUGGUCAUCCGGGGCUCACCCAAGGGGAAUCGCCCGGCCAUCCUGACGUACCAUGAUGUGGGCCUGAACCACAAGCUUUGCUUCAACACCUUCUUCAACUACGAGGACAUGCAGGAGAUCACGAAGCACUUUGUGGUGUGCCAUGUGGACGCGCCAGGCCAGCAGGCAGGAGCCUCGCAGUUCCCUCAGGGGUACCAGUACCCAUCCAUGGACCAGCUGGCUGCCAUGUUACCCAGUGUGGUGCAGCAUUUCGGGUUCAAGUACGUGAUUGGGAUCGGUGUUGGGGCAGGAGCCUACGUGCUGGCCAAGUUUGCUCUCAUCUUCCCCGACCUGGUCGAAGGACUGGUCCUCAUGAACAUCGACCCCAAUGGCAAAGGCUGGAUUGACUGGGCAGCUGCCAAGCUCUCCGGCCUCACCAGCACACUGCCGGACACUGUCCUGUCCCAUCUAUUCAGCCAGGAAGAGCUGGUGAACAACACGGAGCUGGUGCAGAGUUACCGGCAGCAGAUUGGCAGUGUGGUGAACCAGUUCAACCUCCAGCUCUUUCUCAACAUGUACAACAGCCGCAGGGAUCUGGACAUCAACCGGCCUGGGACUGUGCCCAACGCCAAGACGCUGCGCUGCCCUGUGAUGUUGGUGGUCGGAGACAACGCGCCUGCUGAAGAGGGGGUGGUGGAAUGUAACUCCAAGCUGGAUCCCACCAACACCACCUUCCUAAAGAUGGCUGACUCCGGUGGGCUGCCCCAGGUCACACAGCCCGGCAAGCUGACUGAAGCCUUCAAGUACUUCCUGCAAGGCAUGGGUUACAUCACCCACCUGAAGGAUCGGAGGCUGAGUGGAGGCACAGUGCCAUCUGCCAGCAUGACCCGCCUGGCACGCUCCCGCACGGCCUCCCUCACCAGCGCCAGCUCGGUGGAUGGCACCCGCCCACGUGCCUGUACCCACUCGGAGAGCACUGAGGUCAUGGGGCAGAUCAACCACACCAUGGAGGUAUCAUGCUGAGGUCCACACCUGCCGCUGACGUCUCCUCCAGAGCCAUCUCCCAUCCAUCAGCAUCCCGCCAACACCCACCUGCCCUGUGGACAUCCUCCACCAGGGCCCUUGCUCCUUCGGGGUCGAUUUGUCGUCUUUGCCAUUGGCCUCAUCCCCCUGUCUGGUACCAAAGGAGAGGAGCUUCGCUUCACUGCCUCCUGGCUCCAGUUCCUGGCUUCGUCCAGCAGUCACACAUGGUUCUGCAUCGGUCUUCACCCUCCCCAGAAUUGACUUGGCCCUGGCCAGGGAUGGUGGAUUGCAGGGGCAUGGGGCCUGGAUGGGGGGAGCAGGGGCAGGGUGGUGAGAUGGGGACAGGAUGGUGGGAUGGGGAAGGACAGCAGGAUGUGAAGAGGAUGCAGGAGGUAGGCUGGUCCCCCAAGGUAACCAAUGGCUGGCCAAACCAGAAGGAAGACAAGACAGGGAGCAGCACUCACUGGGGUCACUGAGCUCUUCUUGGGGAUGUAUCUCCCAUUUGUCCCUGCCGACCCUCCCUGGGGAGAGCUAGCACACCCAGGACCUCCUGCCCCAGAGCUUGCUGAGCAUUGUGAGAAAUCGCACCCCAAACUGUCCCCUUGCCCUGGUCAUGUGCUCUGUGUGCUGACCCAGAGCAGGGGGAGAGGGCUCAGCUUUGCUCCAGAAGCCAUCAAGGCAGGAGAUUGGCAUGGGAGUCCCUCUGCCUCUGCCCAUGCCCUCGCCUGUGUCAGCACUUCCUUGGUCCCUUGUUGCAAGAAGGACAAUCACCACCUGCCACCAAAAACUGGGGGGACAGGGGGGCUGUGUGCCCUGUCUUGCACUUCCCUGCCACACUGCUAGUUGUAAUCCCAGCUCUUGGGCUGAGACUGCUCAGGCUCAGAGGCCACCAGGUUUGCAGAUGUCACAUGGCAAAUCCCCUCUCCAGUUUUGCCACAGUCUGUGGGUGUCACCGCAGUGGAACCAUUAGCAAUAAGAUGAGACACUCCCACCCCUGCAAUGCUGGGGAGCCCUCAGCACUCUGCCCCACAGGGUGCAUCACUGCAAAGUGCUGGCAGUGUGGGGAGCACCCCAGUCUGGCUUUACCCAUGAUCUGGCUUUGCCGGUAGAGCUGGCCAGACCCACCACAGCUCCCCAAAUCCACCCCACCUCUCACUGGCACAUUGAGUGGGGCAUCUCUUAAGGGCUUGCCCCCCCCCCCCCGAGAUGCGGGGCCCCAUCUGGCUGCUGGGUCUGGGUGGAUCCAGCCUCUUGCACUCGGCAUGGAGAGCCAUGUCAUCGCGUAACCUGCCAUCGGCCACCUAGCCUCUGCUGCCGCCCGUGGCCCACUCCGCAGGCAGCAGAGCCCAGCUCCUCAUGCACUGGGGUAAGGGAGCCCCUGGUUCUGGCAGUGGGUGCUCAGGUCUUUGCGGGUGAUCCGUGGGGCACCCAAGCAGGGACUUGUAGGGGACCCACUGGGUGCCACCACUGGGCGAGCAGAACCAGCCCACUGGGAGCAGGUCCCACCCAGCCACCCAAAAGCACUCCCCCCCACCCCCUCCCCGAUCUUGUCCCUGUUCCCCAGAGAGAGGCAUGGGGGGUCCUGGGGCUCCCAGUGGGUGUUUAAGGGCUUUUGGCUCUGAAACGCAUGCCCUGCCCAGCCCGUCCCAUAUUGAAUGGCAACCCUGAAACACCAGUGUCCCUAUUUGUCCCCAACUUUGUUCUGCCGUGUGCUUCCUUCUCAGUGUGACUCUGAAAGCUACGUAGCUCCUUUUUACUGUAGAUACCGCUGCGAUCUCUCGUUUUCUCAGCGUGUCCUUCCAGAUGAUAUAUAUAUAAAUACCUAUACAUAAUAUAUAUAAGGGUUUGUCUAGUCCCUGACCUUUUUGGGUUCAUUCCCCCUUGCAUUCUCAUCCAAGCGGUGCUGUGUGGUUCCCUUGGAGGUGGUCUGGCCAUGCUCACCUUCGAUUCCUCACCUUGGUUGGUUUGGUUUUCCGUGGUAGUUUGUUCUUCUGAUUUUUGUCAGUUUUCCUUUUUUCCUGAUCACAGUGGAAUUUAAUGCAUUUUCCUGUCUGAGCGUAACCUGGUUUUGUCAUGGCGGCAUUAAGGCCGCAGCACUCACAAGAUGGCAAUAUGUAAACUAGAUUUAACUAACCUGUUGCUGUAGAGAGGAUUUACUGUGUUGGAAAAAAACCCAACAAACUAACAAAGAUAUUAAGAA